CCGCUCCCAUUCCACCGGCACCGGGACCGCUCCAACCCUUUUCCUGCUCCGGCACCGGCACCUCUCCAGCUCUCCCGGACCGCUCCAAGCCUCUCCUGCUCCGGUACCGCCUCCAGCAUCCGCCCCGCUCCGGUGCCGCUCCAGCCGCUCUCCGGUGCCGGCCCCGCUCCUCUCGCAGCCCGGCCCCGUUCCCGGAGCGGCCCCGCGGCUCCCGCAGCACCGCCCCUGCUCUGCCCCUCUGCAGGAAGGAGGAAGGGACACGGCAGGAGGGAGGGAGAGCGACCGGCUCGGCGCCCGGGCUCUGCCAUCCCUGGCAGCUCGAGGGAAGAUGAACAAGAUGAAAAACUUCAAGAGGAGAUUUUCGCUCUCGGUGCCGCGCACGGAGACCAUCGAGGAGUCCCUGACGGAGUUCACGGAGCAGUUCAACCAGCUCAACAACCAGAGGAACGAAGACCUGGCCCAGCUGGGCAGGGAGGUGGCAGCUGACGGCAGCCCCGUGUCCCCAACCGAGGGACAGGGCCGGUCCCCGGUGGGCGCCGUGCGCUACCGCAACCACGGCCAGCGGCGCUGCUCCAUGGAGGACGUCAGCAGGCGCCUCUCGCUGCCCAUGGACAUCCGGCUGCCGCCCGAGUUCCUGCAGAAGCUGCAGAUGGAGAGCCUGGAGCUGCCCAAGCCCCUGAGCAGGAUGUCCCGCCGCGCCUCCCUCUCAGAUAUUGGCUUUGGGAAGCUGGAAACCUACAUUAAACUGGACAAACUGGGAGAGGGCACCUACGCCACGGUGUUCAAGGGCCGCAGCAAGCUGACAGAGAACCUGGUGGCGCUGAAGGAAAUCCGCCUGGAGCACGAGGAGGGCGCUCCCUGCACGGCCAUCCGGGAAGUGUCCCUGCUGAAGAACCUCAAGCACGCCAACAUCGUCACCCUGCACGACAUCAUCCACACCGAGCGCUGCCUCACCCUCGUCUUCGAGUACCUGGACAACGACCUCAAGCAGUACCUGGAGAACUGCGGCAACCUGAUGAGCGUGCACAACGUGAAGAUCUUCAUGUUCCAGCUGCUCCGUGGCCUGGCUUAUUGCCACGGCAGGAAAAUCCUGCACCGAGACCUCAAACCCCAGAACCUGCUCAUCAACGAGCGGGGGGAGCUCAAGCUGGCUGAUUUCGGGCUAGCCAGGGCCAAGUCUGUCCCCACAAAAACCUACUCCAACGAGGUGGUGACGCUGUGGUACCGGCCCCCCGAUGUCCUGCUGGGCUCCACCGAGUACUCCACGCCCAUCGACAUGUGGGGCGUCGGCUGCAUCCACUACGAGAUGGUGACGGGCCGGCCGAUGUUCCCCGGCUCCACGGUGAAGGAGGAGCUGCACCUCAUCUUCCGCCUGCUGGGAACUCCCACAGAGGACACCUGGCCUGGGAUAACGUCCAACGAGGAGUUCAAGGCUUACAACUUCAGCCAGUACCGAGCCCAGCCCCUGAUCAAUCACGCCCCAAGGCUGGACUCGGAAGGCGUCGACCUGCUGACAAAUCUGCUGCUGUACAGAGCCAAGGGCCGGAUCUCAGCCGAGGCCGCCCUGCAGCACCCCUACUUCAGGAGCCUGGGAGAGCGCGUGCACCUCCUGCCUGACACCGCCUCCAUCUUCUCCCUGAAGGAGAUCCAGCUGCAGAAGGACCCCGGGCACCGCGGCUCGGCCUUCCAGCACUCGGCCCGCGGCAAGAACAGGAGGCAGAGCAUCUUCUGAGCUGGGAUUUGGC